AUUGCUUUGGAAAAAGGAGAGGGGAGAGAAAGAGCUGGAGACAGAGCAGAUGCAUUGGCAGGAGCAGAGCUGAGGGUUUUUCUUUCUCCCUCCUGUCUCUUUUGUUGUGUCGGCACAGAUAAAAAUCUGAUGAACGUGGGCAAGGACCACCACCACCACCUGACUGCAAGCCUCUCAUCCUCAGCCUGUUUGCCGGAGCUGGAGCCAGUGUGGAGCUGGGUGUGCGGCAGGCUAACAGGGUAGCGGGGGGGCUGCGAGGCUCUGUGGCAGCGAGAAGAGGAGGAAAAAAAAGGAGGAGGGGCUGUGGUGAGCUGGUGGGCUUCCUCUGCCUCACAGACACAUUUUAUUGACUUGCUAAUUGGAUGAGGCACUCGGAGGAGAGGAUGCGGUGAACGAGAAGAGCUGCUCUCUAGAGGAGGGAUACAGGCACAAGGAGGCAUUGCUCGGGUUGCGUAAAUCCGGCCACUUCAUCUCUCUCUUUUUUUAAUUUUCUGGAGACAUAACAACAGAUGUUUUUCAGAAUCUCCCAGUGACCUGCGCACCGUGCAUACAUAAUUGUAUGCAUGACAUUGUCGAACGGAGGCUCCAGCUGCCAGACGCUUCGUGACAAGUAAAUGAUUUCCAUUUUGAUGUUUUUGCACCCUGUUCCCUUUCACCAGUUUUUUUCUCUUGGACUCAUCAGCUGGAGCUCUUUUUUCCCUCAGCCUUGUUUGAUGUGCCAUUUGAUAUGAAUGGUUAUCAGAUGGCGAGGUAAAUUCUUCAUCAAAUCAAAUGUGCAAGGAACUGUGCAAUGGAUAUUCUUGGGGAAAAAUGAAGGUAUGAUAUGAGCAAAGGCUGAGACACAUACUGUAGUAAGGUGGCAUUAUUCAUCCAAUAUUCAUUUUAAGUCAAGAAAUGGAUCAACCGAAUGUGUUGAGUGUUGCAUAAUUCCAGGCUGAAAUCUGAGGCAAAGACAUCAACACAAAAAAAGAAAUGUGUCCUUAUGUAUAUCUGUGUGUGCCUACAUGUUAGAUCUAUAUAAAAUAAAUGGGUUUAGGAAGGAAAGCCAAGAAAAGAGAGGGGAGGAUUAUGAAUGAAUCAGUGGUAGAGACCAGUAGUAGCGGUGUGCAUUGAGGGGGAUUAAUGGAAGCAUUAAAAAAAACAGUCUAGACUUGUUUCACCACUGGGUCAGGCUUUUAAAUAUAUUCUGGAAAUUUGCAAUUCCAAGUAUUCCUCUUUCUUUUGCACUGACUCUUCAUAUCUUUAUUUUAAAAGGAAACUGGGGGUUCCUGUUAAGUGCACAGGCCCACUAUCAGACACAAUCAGCUACACAAGGUGUGAUCAGGUGUCUGUGUUUGAUCUUAGAUUGUCUUUCUCCUCUGCUUCAGUCUUAUCCUGGUUGUCAUGACUGAGGUGAGCAGGUCUGGCUAGGUCAGAGAGCAGGUGCCACUGUGCUGAAGUCUGCUGUCCCAAUGAGCAAGGCGGGCAACCCACAGAGACGCACCACCUACCUCAUUUCCCUCACUCUGGUGAAGGUUGAGGCUGUGCCAGAGGAUGUAGCCGAGAACCAGAAGGAGGCUCUUCCAGAGGGGGAAGGGAGCCCUAAGAAGGAAGAGGAGGAGGAGCAGGGGGAGGAGGAGGAGAAAGAGGUGAGCAAUGCCCCUGAAAAGGAGGAAGGACCUGUAUGUACACAAGUGGUGGGGAAAGAACACACACAGGUGGAAGAAGAAGUGGAGCAGGUGCCGGUCAAGUAUGGCAGCCCCACUGAGAACUGGGGGAAGCCUGAGAGGAGGGAAACUUAUGGACACCAAAAAGACCUUGUAACCGUCUGUAAAAGCAAAGACACUUCUUCUUUUGUACACGCACCUGUUAGGCAAAUGGUCAAAGUGUAUGGAGGGACUACUUCCGAGGGAACUGUGCGCAGGGAGGGGCCUCGCUCAGAUGCCUUGCGCCCUAAGACGGAGCUCUACAGAGAGCCCCCCAUGCUGUUCCUAAAGGGAGAAAAUGGAGCAGACCUGAACAGCCGCUUACGUUGCAGCCUCCCUUUUUCCAUCCCGCCGCAGGUCAGCCAGCGUCCCGAAGUCCUGAUGAGGUCACAUGCAGGAGGCAACUCUGCAUGCUGGAGGGAACUCAGAGAGGCCAAUACAAGCCUGUAUCACUCUGCUAAGACUUUGGAUCGAAGGGAUAACCGUAUGGGGGACCAGUCCCCCUUAAUGGCAGCUACAACUCUAGGGCCUUACAGGGCAUCCUGGGCUGACAGCGAUGGAAGGGGCACGCUCAUUCGCCCCGGAGCUCCCAUCAGUGGUGGAUUUUCAGGCAUAAUGACCAGAGACAGCCCUCAGGGGGAGAGAUUUAAGACGGUUUCUAUUUCCUUUCCUGCACCUCCUUCCACCGAUGCGUCCAGGCCUCAGAGAAAAGGUACAAGUCGUACCCUGGACAACAGCGACCUACAUUCCCUCUCCGAGGAUCUGAAGAAAGGGAAGGAGAGCCAGGGAGGAACAAUCCAGCGAGCUCCUCCCCGCGACCGAAAGAUGCUCAAGUUCAUUAGUGGCAUUUUCACCAAAAGUACAGCGGCGCCGCCCAGUGUCAACGCUGCACCUCCCCUCUAUCCAGCUGUGGAAAGGGGCUCCAGUGAGGAGGAAGCUGCCUGCACCAGCAGUCAAGAAUGGACCAUGAGCCAUACUGUUCAAGAGCUUCACCUGGGUGUUUUAGGAGGUCUGUGCAGUGGGAAGUCUGCUCUGGUACACCGACACCUGACAGGAAGUUACCUGCAGCUUGAAAACGCUGAGGGGCGCCAGUACAUUAAAGAUGUCCUGGUUGACGGACAGAGCCAUGUGUUGAUAAUCAGAGAAGAGACAGAGCUCCCAGGUGCUCAGUUUGCAAGUUGGGUGGAUGCAGUUAUCUUGGUCUUCAGUUUGGAAAAUGAGGCCAGCUUCCAGGAAGUUUACAAAAUCUAUCACCAGCUCGCUGUCCAUCGGCCUGUUUCUGAGAUACCUUUCAUUGUAGUCGGCACUCAGGAUAAGAUAAGCAGCACCAACCCCAGAGUAAUAGAUGAUGCCAGGGCCAGGCAGCUUUGUUCCGACGUGCGGCGCUGCACUUACUAUGAAACCUGUGCGACGUAUGGCCUCAAUGUGAACAGAGUCUUCACUGACGCUGCUCAGAAGAUCAUGGCAGCCAAGAAGCAAGCUGCUCUACUGGCUUCCUGUAAAUCUCUCCCAAACUCUCCCAGUCACUCUGGAGGCUCCACCCCAGUGUCGGGUGUGUUUCCAGGACAGGCCAGUAACGGUGGUCAGAGCAGUGAUUACUCCUCAUCACUUCCCUCCACUCCUGUUAUCAGCCAUAAAGAGAUUGGCAGGACAGCAAGAGGAGAAAAACAGGAAAGUGCGACGCCCGGGUCUGUCCGCAGUGCCACUCGGAGACGUACCUCCCGAUUUGCGGGCCGGAGAGGCAGCGACUCAAACAGAAGGAGUGCAGACUGUAAGGGCGAUCUGGGCAGCGGACGCUCGAUUCCCAUCAAACAGGGCAUCUUGCUGAAGCGCAGCGGGAACUCGCUCAACAAAGAGUGGAAGAAGAAGUAUGUGACACUGUCCAACGACGGCAUACUGUCCUACCACUCCAGUGUCAAUGACUACAUGCUGAAUGCCCCCGGGAAAGAGAUGGACCUACUGCGAGUGACAGUGAAGGUGCCAGGAAAGCGACCACCUCGUGCUGUACCAACCUGCGGCCUUCCAGUCGGGCUUAACGGACGGGUCAAAGAUGUGCCAGGACCUGAGGGUGUCAGCCCAGUCCCUGUAAGCGCCAGCAGCCUCCUGCAAGUGGAGGAAAUGGAAGGGCUGGGUGGUGCACUGUUCCUGAGGAGUAACAGAGGCGUGCAGAGAUGUCCCUCUACGCUAUCUAACCACGCUCAAAGUGUUGACUCUGCAGUUGAGGGUGUGUCCAGCUCCUCCUCCACCAAAGACGUAGGCUCCUCCUCACCGGUGACAGACAGGAAGAAGCAUCGCAGAAAGAAGAGCAUGAACCAGAAAGGAGAUGCAACCAUUGGCCAAGCAGACGCCAAACGCAAAAUGUGGAAACUUAAAAGCUUUGGUAGCUUAAGAAACGUAAGCAAGACAGAUGAGGAUAACUUUGACUUCCUCAUCGUGUCGAGCACCGGCCAGACUUGGCACUUUGAAGCUCAGAGUGUGGAGGAGAGGGACUCCUGGGUCCAAGCCAUUGAGAGCCAGAUCCUGGCCAGCCUGCAGCUGUGUGAGAGCAGCAAAAACAAGACUCGCAAGAACAGCCAAAGUGAAGCAGUGGCUCUGCAGGCAAUCCGCAACGCAAAGGGCAACAACUUCUGUGUUGACUGCGAUGCUCCAAAUCCAACCUGGGCCAGUCUGAACCUGGGCGCUCUCAUAUGCAUCGAGUGUUCAGGGAUCCACAGAAACUUGGGGACCCACCUGUCACGUGUUCGCUCUUUGGAUCUUGAUGAUCUGCCACGAGAGCUCACGCUGGUUCUCAGUGCCAUUGGCAACCACAUGGUCAACAGUACAUGGGAGGCGCGCACAAUGGGCCGCCGUAAACCAGCACCUGAUGCUACACGUGAGGAACGGGAGUCGUGGAUCAGGGCCAAAUAUGAGCAGAAACUGUUUGUGGCGCCGUUGCCUCCCCCAACUCCUGGCGAAGGCCCAGAUAUCACGCUUUCUGGCCGUCUUCUCUUGGCAGUGAUGGAGCAUAACCUCCCCAAGCUGCUGCUCCUUUUGGCCCACUGCACUAAGGAGGACAUUAAUGCCCCUCUCAGCCUGGCGCUCUCUUCCAGGUCACUGUUGGCUCUGCGACUGCCUGGCUCUGCCCUGCACGCUGCCUGUCAGCAGGCUGAUGUGGUGAUGACGCAGCUUCUUGUUUGGUAUGGCUGUGAUGUGCGGUAUCGGGACGCUCAGGGGCAGACAGCGCUGGUCCUGGCUCGCAAUGCUGGCAGCCAGGAGUGUGUCGACAUCUUGCUUCAGCACGGUUGCCCAAACGAACCAGCGGCCGCGGUCGGAUUUGCAGCAGCCGCGACAUCCAGCUUCCCUGUUGCUAUGACGCCGAGUCUGACAGUUGCCACGACACUCAAGAUCUCGCACAAGAGCGGCAGCACCAGCUUGAGUUACAGCACGUCUAGAAGAGCAGUGUCAUAAUGGGAAUAUGGCGUGGUGAAGUGUGUGUG